GGCCCAUUCGGGAGGAAGAGACGUUUCCGACCAUGAACAUCCUAACAGAAUCCCAACGGUUUUAACAUUGACGAAGAAGAGAUUAAAGAGUUGACCACGUCCAAUCCCCUUGAAACACCGCCACGUGUCCUCUUGUUUUCUAUAACAUUGAUCCACUUCCUUCCUUCUUCUUCAUUCAAUCCAAUUCCCUCACUGAGGAGAAAUCAUCAUACAAUAAUAUUAUAGUAAUAACCACAAUGCCCACUGUUGCUGCUCCCCCUGUACCUCAAAUUCAAAACACUACUGACCAUGAAAUUGAAUCUCCCAAGAAGAACAGAAUCCAGGUUUCCAACACCAAGAAACCCCUCUUCUUUUACGUCAAUCUUGCAAAGAGGUACAUACAGCAGCGCGAUGAGGUUGUGCUUUCUGCUCUUGGAAUGGCUAUAACUACAGUUGUUACGAUUGCCGAGAUUUUGAAGAACAAUGGAUUUGCUACUGAGAAGAAAGUUUCUACAUCUUCUGUUAGCAUGAAGGAUGAGAACAAAGGUCGCCUGGUGCAGAAGGCUAAGAUUGAAAUUGUUCUAGAGAAAUCCGAGAAGUUUGACAAUCUUAUGGCUCCUACGAACACUGAAUCAAAAUCAGCUGCGAAUGAAAAAAGCAAACAGAAAUGACAGACGUAGGAGAUCUGGGUGAAUGUGCACCUUAACUAGUUAACAUCCAUAUUCAAAUUUUCUUUUGUGCUGUUUGCAUUCAUAGAAGUACGUAAGUGGAUAGAUCUUAGAUUAUGGUUUCAUUGAUCACCCACGACAAGAGGAGUCAUAAAGUUACAAACAAUACCACGCACUAGGUUUUCACAUUUCCAAACUUCAAUGUUGUCACUUUCAAAAGUCAUUCCUUGACAUAUUUAUGUUGAUA